AUGUAUUAUCGUGGAAGGGGAGAUAUUUUGGAUCACCUCAUAUGUUUCGGGUUUCGUUCAGAAUACUUGGUAUGGGUGUAUCAUGGGGAAGGCUCAACAACUACAUCGUCUGGUAUAGUACAUAAUGCAGAGGAAGAUCUAUUUGACCAUGACAUGUAUGAAAUGUUGAAUGAUGUAUUUCAACCCGAGAUCGACGUAACUGGAGUAGAGGCACACGAGGCUACCUUAAAUAAUGGUCAAGAGGUGGAAAAUGAAGGAAGAACAUUUGAUAAUAUAGUUAAGGAAGUUGAAGAGAAGUUAUAUCCGAGUUGCAAAUACAACAAGUUAUCUAGCAUAGUGCAUCUGAGGAUGGGUAGGCGUAAGAGGCUAUGCAUCACCUCAAUUGAUAUCCCUAUUGACAGUGAGAUACAUGAUCAAAGUUCUGAGUUUUCUAAAACUGAUAUCCCUACUGAAGGAGACCAAUCAGAUCAUCCACAAACUACUGAAGGAGGCCAGUCUACUGCUGAAGAACACAACUCUACUGAAGGAGGUCAAUCAGGUGCUCAAAAGAAGGUAAGGGGCUAUACUCAAAAGACCGAGACAUGGAACAUGAGUAGCUCCCAAAAAAUAGUAGUGACAUUUAAUAGGUUCGGAAAACCGGUAGGAGAUGAAGGAAAUGAACUCGUACAAUAUCUUGGGACCCUUGUGAGGAUGGCUAAUCAUGUCGGAAUAGAUUAUGAUGAUUGGAGGAAGAUCCCUAUACAGAAGAAAGAAGAUAUGUAUUCUAUGGUUAAGGCCAAGUUUGUUAUUCAUCCGGUUGAAACAAGUGAAAUCAAGAAAUGGAUCCUUUUUAGCAUGGGGAAAAAGUGGAGGACUUGGAAAGGUUCACUAAAAGCACGUGCAUAUGAUUCAAGUCUUACAAUCGAUCAAAUUGUGGCACAACAAACUGAGAAAGAUAACAGGGUGAACCCAACUCAGUUUAAAAAACUUGUUACUCAUUGGUUUACUCCAGAAUAUCAGAGCAUGUGUGAUUUGAGGAGAAAGAGCCGUGCAAAGAUGGAAGAGCCCCAUGUUUCUGGGACAAAAUCAUUUGCUCGACUUGCUCACGAAGAGGCAUUGAAAAAUGGUGUAUACCCAACACGAGGACAAAUAUAUGUAAAAACCCGCACUCGUAAAAAUGGAAAUAUCGUGAAUGAAAAAGUCGCUCAAGUUAUGACUUCCCUACAAGCCAUUGCAAGUGAUUCCUCAAAUACCCAAGGAUCAAAUACCCUAGGAUCUGUAGAUGAUUUUUCAAAUGAUGACUACUCUAAAGUUAAAGGUCCUGAAAAAAGAGGGUAUAUCAGAUGUGUUGGAAGGAUACCUACCGUAAAAGAGAAGGUUGUUUCUUGUUCUAAUGAUCCGAGUGUCGAACAACUAAAAACUAUGGUGAACGUUAUGGCAAAUAUCAUCCAAGAACAUAUCCCAAAUGCAAACUUGUCUGGAAUUCUUAGCAAUAUGAACAUACAGAUGCCAAGCAACACUUCUACAUGUCCACGUAACUCUAAUUCAGUUAACCAGAGAGCAUCUUCUGAAAGUCAUCAUAAUGAUGGGAAUUGCUAG